CCCCCCCCUGCUCCCCAAGCCCCUCGUCUCUCCGCCUGCUGUCCCUGCUGGGGACGGGGUCAGCGGCGUGACCUGCAUCUGCUUGCGUGAUUGGAUCAUUGGAACGUAGUGAUUGGAUCAUCGGAGAUGGGCGGCCUGCUGCUGACUGGGGUAGGGAAUAUGUCCGUUCGCAGGUUACUCAAGAAUGGAUUCAGGCAGAAGGUGAUGGUGCGGGUUGCAGACACACUCACAGAGUAGGGUUUUACGGGCAGCAGAUGAUGAUGCAGGUUGCAGACACAGUCACAGAGCAGAGUUUUACUGUACAAAUCAGGAACCAUUCGACAGUGCAGGUUGAAGACACGGUCACUGAGCAGAGUUACUGUCCAAAUCAGGAACCAUUAGACAGUGCAGCUUGCAGACAGAGUCACCGAGCAGAUUUUGAGGUGCAUUGAAGCUGUGGUGCUUUCAUGUGAGCUCAGACCUUGCUUCAGCGAGUGAUUUAGAGGAUUAGUGGUGGUUCGUUUACUUUCUGAGAGGCAACUUCAGAAGAAAAGUUCAGAUCUCUUUGUAAAAAAAUUGUGCUAUGCAAGUGUUAGCUGUAAAUCAGGAAAAAAACACUACUGGCGAAUGGCAAGACGGUGAGGGUGCUGCCGGCGUGCAUGAACUUCCACCCGGCAUGCGUGGGCGAGUGGCUGCGGUUCAACAUGACAUGCCCGUUCUGCCGCGCUGCACCUGCUGUAGCAGUUUCCGGUCUCCUUUGCCCUGUGACACCAAUCGUCGGUGAUGGACUCCGAAGAAAGAAGGAUAGGGCUGACCUUUUUUCAUCUCUGAAGUGUUUAUAUAUGUACUUUUGUUUAUACUAGUCCACUUUUUAAUUCACCAUGGUUUAUCUUUCUGUUUGUAGAUUUUCCAGUGAUAUGAGAUUUGGUGAUUCUAUCUAUAUUUCUCUUCACGUUUGCCAUAAUUAUUUGUUCAUCACUUCCAACUCCACACCUGUAGAAAAAGCCAAGCUGAACUACCAGAACUACAGCAGAAGGCGCUUCGCUGAACAAGGCAGGAUGGUACGCCAUCCUGUGAAGCAGCUGUAUAAUGAGCUGCCACAAGCGGCACCGGCACCCGCACAAGCACAGGGGGGCCAUACCUCAUGGUGGCACAGCGAGAAGAUGGUGGGAACCCAGAUUGAGCUCCUGUUAUUACUCUAUGUCGUCAUUGGCGCCAUACAGGUGGUGGGCAAUCGGUACAGGCGCAGCAUCAAUAGCGCCUAUGUUAAGUACCCACUAUGGCUGGCAUACUCUGCCAGCCAACCCUUAGUGGCAUAUACCCUUGGUGUUAUGUACAACUCUCCGUUCAAAGAGACCAAAUGUCUGCUCACUACUAUGUUUGUUGUCGUUGCUUUGGGGAGAGUGAACACGAUGACAGCUUACAAUGUUGAUGACAACAAGCGGUACACCGCCCAGUUCUUCCGGCAUGUCCUGUUUGUGGUGAGCUACAUGUCCAUGGCCAUGACCAUCCCCCACACCUCCGGAUUUUUAGGUUGGAACGCUCUCAUUCACUCCCUGAUCGCGGUGUUCUUUCUGAUCUUCUUUCUGACCAUGAAUGGUGGAAGGACUUGUGCAAAUAUCAUGGCAAGUAGCUUCUCAGACAAGGGGAGCUUAUACCUCCAAACGCAUAUGAAGAUUGACCAACGGGCAUCUGUAGCUUAUGAUCCAGUAUCUCUUGAAGGGUACAACUACCUUGUUUUUUCUUUCGAUCAGAAGAAAGAGCACCGUAAGGAUGAACAGGAGAAGAUUGUGGAGAUGAAUGAGAAUGAUGAUGAGGAGAAGAGCUGGUAG